AUGGGUAACUAGUGUGCUUGCACAACCUGUAAAGAUCCUAACAAUGAAAUCACCUAAAUUCCUCCAGAAACCCAUAGUGUGAAUUCUACUCCAAAUGGAUAAACUCAAGCUGAAAAGGUAGCAAGCAAGUCUAUAAAUGAAGACGAAAUGAGAAAGUAUCAGGAUGGAGAUGAAGGUGUAGUUAAGGUGAAUAGUCAUUAAUAAAAAGAAGUGCAUAGAAAUGCGCCUGAAGAUGAUUCUUAAAAUUAUCAUGCAACCAAAAAAAAUGAUGAUUAGUCAAAUACAUAUCAAGAAAAUCAUAAUCCCAAAAACGAAAUGAGUAAGCCAAAUUAAAGGGAAGAAGAAAACAUGAUAGAUAAGUAGCAUCCACCCACUAGCGCUCAAUAAGAAUCAGCAUAAAAAACAAACAACAAUGAAGAAUAAGAAAACGAUAAACACUCAUAAAACUCUAAAUAUUUUGAAUCUGAAAAAGAUAUGCCUCCUCCUAGCAAUUAAGUUAACUCAGAUAAAAGAGAAAAGAGAAAUCCAUAUACUUUUAAAAGUGGAGCUGUAUAUGAUGGUGAAUGGAAAGGCAAUAUGAGAGAUGGUUACGGUGAAUAAAAGUGGCCUGAUGGUGCAAAAUAUGAAGGUGAAUGGUAAAACAAUAAAGCUCAUGGUAAGGGUAAAUUCUACCAUGUUGAUGGAGAUAUUUUUGAAGGUUAAUGGUAAUAUGAUAAGGCAAACGGAUACGGAACAUAUAUUCAUGUCAAUGGAGCUCGUUAUGAAGGUUCUUGGAAGGAUGAUCUCUAGCACGGAUAUGGUGUCGAAACUUGGAAUGAUGGCUCUAAAUAUGAAGGAAAUUAUGUUAAUGGUAAAAAGCAAGGCAGAGGUGUUUAUACUUGGGCAGAUGGCUCCAAAUAUGAUGGUGAAUGGAAUGAUAACAAAAUUUGUGGAAAAGGAAAAUACUUGUGGGCUGAUGGAAGAUAAUUCGAAGGUGAUUGGUUGAAUAACAAUAUGCAUGGAAGAGGUGUUUAUACUUGGAAAGAUGGAAGAAGAUAUGAAGGUGAAUAUUUCAACGAUAAGAAACAUGGUAUUGGUAUUUACUCAUGGGCAGAUGGACGUAAAUACGAAGGUGAAUGGAAAUUAGGUAAAUAACAUGGUAAAGGUAAAUAUAUUUUAUUAGACGGUACUGUAAAGACCGGAAUUUGGGAAGAUGGUAAACGUGUUAAAUGGUUAGAGGAAGGCGAAGACGCUGGUGAAAAUAAUUAAUGA